AUGGCCCCAAUCAUCCACUGCGUCCGCCACGCCCAGGGCGUGCACAACCUCUGCACCGAGAACCACGUUAUCCCCGACCCUCUCCUCACAGACCUCGGCCAUGAGCAGUGCAAAAAGCUGCGCGACAGCUUCCCGCGCCACGCCGACAUCGACUUGGUGACCGCCUCGCCGCUCCGUCGCACCAUCUACACAGCGCUGGAAAGCUUCGAGCCUGUCUUCCAAGCCAGGCCGGACCUAAAGAUUAUCGCCCUCCCUGAUAUCCAGGAGACAUCGGAUGUUCCGUGCGACACUGGCAGCGAGCCCGAGGCGUUAAAGUGCGAGUUCAAGAGUGGCGUGGAUCUGACUCUUGUGCAGAAGGGGUGGAAUAACAAGCAAUCCGGUCGCUAUGAACCAACCAACAGAGCACUGAAGGAGCGCGCCCGCGCAGCCCGCCGCUGGUUGAAAGCCCGUCCGGAGAAGGAGAUCGUGAUGGUCACGCACGGCGGAUUCCUGCACUAUUUCACCGAAGACUGGGAAGACAGCAGCCAGUUCCAGGGAACCGGUUGGAUCAACACCGAGUACAGAACCUUUACUUUCACCGAGGAAGUGCACACCACCGACCUCGACGGAAACCCGCUAGACGGCGACAAUGCUUCCAUUGAGGAGACACUCGACUCUCGGGAACGUCGUGGUAAGAAGGGCCCCAUGCACAGCCGUGAAGAGCAGAGGAACCUGUAUAAGCUUGGUACCCAGGGCUGGGAUGACCAGGGAUUGCAGAUGAGCACGGCUGAGCGUGAGGCGGCCAAGGUUGGCGGGGGACCUACAUUGACUGAGUACUAUCUCUUCCUAUUGUUAUAUGCUGAUGCUAAGAGCCACUUAGGGCCAUCACCAAACAGGAGCUACCUCAUACUAGGCUCAGACGGCGAACAUUAUAACCCAUUUUGUGCUACACAUGACAAAAUAUUUUCCAAUACUGACGAUUUGGCAGCUAUUAACCAUAUCUCCUGGCUAAGUCUUUUUAUAUUUCUCCCUCCCCAAAAGUAUGCAUUUGGAGCUAACUGCGAGUGUCCACCGAGAUAUUUUGACCCCGGCCCACCCUCUAUCUCUCUUCGAUUCAGCUAA